AUGGCCAACGAUAAACUCAUCUGCGUCGUUGGCGCCACAGGCAACCAGGGCGGUUCCGUCGCCCGUCGCUUUCUCAAGGCCGGCUUCAAAGUGCGUGGCUUGACCCGCAACACCGCCUCACCCUCCGCCCAAGCCCUGUCGUCGGCGGGAGCCGAAGUCGUGGCUGUUGAUCUCAAUGACGUGUCGACUCUCAAGAGCGCCUUUGCUGGAGCAAACGUCAUCUUCAGCGUGACCAACUACUGGGAGCCGUUUUUCCGACCAGAUUGUCGGGAGCAGGCGGAGAAGGAGGGUAUUUCGUGUCGAAAGUUUGCGUAUAACGUUGAGGUGCAGCAGGGCAAGAAUAUUGUCGAUGCGGCUGCUACGGUUGUUGAUACGCUGGAUGAUAAUGGGUUCUUGGUGUCGACGCUGAGUCAGGCUGAGAAGUGCAGUGGAGGGAAAUUCAAGGAGUUGUAUCAUUUUGAUGGCAAGGCGGAUGUUUUUCCGGCGUACGUUGAUGAGAAGUAUCCUGAGCUUGCGGCCAAGAUGUCGUGCAUUCACACGGGAUACUUUUUCACGAGCUUCAACAUUCUGCCUGAUUCUUACAUGAACAAGGAGCAGCUCCCUGAUGGAACCUUUGAAAUGUCCUUCACGACCUCCCCCGACGCCCUCGCUCCUCAUCUCGACCCAGUAGGAGAUCUGGGCAACUUCACCUACGCCGUUUACCAAAUGCCCCCUGGCAAGGCUUACAUGGCUGAAGGCACGACCUGCACAUGGCCAGAGUGGAUCGAAACCUGGGGCCGCAUCAACAAUGUCCCCGUCAGGUACCGCCAGGUGACACCAGAUGAGAUGACUGCCGCGACACCUGAUCGCGAUGCGGGUAUCGAGACAGGAUACAUGUUUUCGUAUACUUCUGAUCCUGGAUACGAUGGCGGCAUGAAACUCUUGAGAGCGAAGGAUAUUCGUGAGGCUGGCAUCGACUGCCCCAUGACAAGCUGGGAGGAAUGGGCCAAGAAGUACGACUGGUCUGCUAUUCUGAACAAAUAG